AUCCCUCUCUCUCUAAACUCUCUCUCUCUAUACUUUCUCUCUCUACUCUCUCUCUCCUCCCUCCCGGCCCCAUCGCCGCCGGCCUCUCCUCCUCCUCCCACUAUAUAACCCCUCUCCUCCCACGACCCGCCAUUGCCACACCCCACCCAAGCUCACCUCACCUCGCGACGAAGCGCGUCUCAUUGGUGGUGCUCUGCUCGGUGGUGUGAGCUCUGUUUCAAGAAACAGGGGGGGAGGAGGAGGAUGGAGGAGGAUGGCGGCGGUGGCGCGGGGUGGGGGUGGGCGACGUGGAGGGUGGCGGCGGUGGCGGCGGCGGCGGCGGUGUGGGUGACGAUGCACGUGGCGGCGAGGAUGGCGGACGCGCUGUGGUGGCGGCCGCGGCGGCUGGAGGCGCACUUCGCGGCGCAGGGGGUGCGGGGGCCGCCGUACCGGUUCUUGCUCGGCUCCGUGAGGGAGAUGGUGGCGCUCAUGGCGGAGGCGUCGUCCAAGCCCAUGUCGCCGCCCACCUCCCACAACGCGCUCCCCCGCGUCCUCGCCUUCUACCACUACUGGCGCAAGAUCUACGGGCAUAGGUUCUUGAUUUGGUUCGGGCCGACGCCGAGGUUGACGGUGGCGGAGCCGGAGCUGAUCCGGGAGAUCUUCCUGACGCGCGCCGACGCGUUCGACCGCUACGAGGCGCACCCCGUCGUGCGCCAGCUCGAGGGCGACGGGCUCGUCAGCCUCCACGGCGACAAGUGGGCGCUCCACCGCCGCGUCCUCACCGACGCCUUCUACCCGGACAACCUCAACCGGUUGAUACCGCACGUCGGCAAGUCGGUGGCGGCGCUGGCGGCGAAGUGGGGCGCGAUGGCGGAGGCCGGGGGGAGCGGCGAGGUGGAGGUGGACGUGGCGGAGUGGUUCCAGGCGGUGACGGAGGAGGCCAUCACGCGCGCCACGUUCGGCCGCAGCUACGACGACGGCCGCGUCGUGUUCGCCAUGCAGGGACAGCUCAUGGCGUUCGCCUCCGAGGCCUUCCGCAAGGUGCUCGUCCCGGGCUACCGGUUCUUGCCGACCAAGAAGAACCGGCUGUCAUGGCGGCUGGACAGGGAGAUACGGCGGAGCCUGAUGCGGCUCAUUGGCCGGCGGAGCGACGAGGCCGAGCAAGGCGAGAAGGCCGACGACGGCAGCUUCCGCGACCUGCUCGGCCUGAUGAUCAAUGCCGGCGCCGCCGCCGCCACCCGCGGCAACGCCGGCGGCGAGAAGAACUCCCCGGCGGCGGCGAUCCCCGUGGAGGACAUGCUGGAGGAAUGCAAGACCUUCUUCUUCGCCGGGAAGCAGACGACGACCAACCUCCUGACGUGGGCCACUGUGCUCCUCGCCAUGCACCCGGAUUGGCAGGAGCGAGCUCGCCGCGAGGUGUUCGACGUCUGCGGCGCCGGCGAGCUCCCCUCCAAGGAGCACCUCCCCAAGCUCAAAACGCUUGGCAUGAUCAUGAACGAGACGCUCCGGCUGUACCCGCCGGCGGUCGCCACCAUCCGCCGAGCCAAGGUCGACGUCCAGCUCUCGGACGGGUGCAUGAUCCCGCGGGACAUGGAGCUGCUCGUCCCGAUCAUGGCCAUCCACCACGACACGAGAUACUGGGGUCCGGACGCGUCUCAGUUCAACCCGGCAAGGUUCGCCAACGGCGCGUCCAAGGCGGCGAAGCACCCGCUGGCGUUCAUACCGUUCGGGCUAGGCUCUCGGAUGUGCGUAGGCCAGAACCUGGCGCGCCUCGAGGCCAAGCUCACGAUGGCCAUCCUCCUCCAGCGGUUCGAGAUCAGGACAUCCCCGAACUACGUACAUGCCCCGACAGUGCUGAUGCUCCUAUACCCGCAAUACGGAGCGCCAUUGAUCUUCCGCCCGCUCUCAUCACAUCCACCCGAUUCGACGGGCCCCUAGCCCCCUCUUCCAUUGUCCAAAUUGACCCAAAUGCCCCCCUCUCCACCAUCACCUCCCCCUCCUGUGUAUAGCCCAUGCCAAGUGACACAAAAAGCCAAGAAGCACUAACUUUUUGUCCUAGACUGUGCCUUGGCGCCCCACCCAGGUUGCCAAGAAUACCCUCCUUAACAGACCGGAUCAGACCAGCCUUUUUUAAGAUUUGAUGACACACAGCAACGUGGGGCCCACUCUCUGCCCCUUCUUUUGUUGCCUUGCCUAUGGCUUCUGGUGUAUGUAAUUGUAUAGAGGUUUUAUUCCAUGUCUUCUAUACGAGAAGAAGAAAAUUCAGGGAAAAAAAAUAUUUGGAGAAGGAAAGAAAAAAGAGUUUAGUGUGGUUUUUUUGUCUA